AUGCCUACUAUGUCUGCGAAGGUGGACGAAUGCAUAGCACUGGAACCACAAACUGAUGCAACCUCGUCUUUACUCGCGACACAAUAUGGCUCUUGGUACCCCCAACAUAAAUCGUACACACUCAAGUCCAAGAUAUUGAAUAUCGAGGCCAUAGAGCCAGGGUUUCUCGAAUGGCUCGAUCAAGACGGCCUGGUUUUGUCUGAUGCGAAUGAUGUGAAUCCUGAGGAUGGUGAUGCGCGUCCACAGAUCAAGCGCACACUACCGCUUGACUCGGAUGCCGAGAUCAUGAGCGACCCAAGCGACGAUGAGGGCAACGACACCGACGACGGUGCUUAUUUUCCAGCAUUAAAUGCAGAGAUCCGGCGCGUCUUGCUUGAGUACGACGGUGCCGUUUUCCCAAAAUUCAACUGGAGUGCUCCUCAAGACGCAGCGUGGAUUAUGCCUGGACAUACUUUGCGGUGUCAAACGCCCAAUGACGUGUAUUUACUACUCAAAUCGUCUGACUUUGCAAUGAAAGAUCUCUCCCAGGUGCGCGAGCUAUCCAAGGCAUGCGAGAAUGAGGCACGUCCUGAGCGACCACAUUUACAGCUUGUGCUAAAAAAAUGGUUUGAAUUACCCCGCUCACACGAGUUCCGCUGCUUCGUACGUGAUGGGCACAUUGUUGGGGCGUGCCAACGGGAUAUGACGUUUUACGAGCAUCUGCAGGACGCAGCGACGCAGGAACGCAUCCAGUCGUUGCUAUUCACAUUUUACAGAGACCAUCUUGCGCAUAUUGUGCCGCGCCGUAUAGUCUUUGAUGUAUAUUUGACGCGGCAUCUUGAUACUUGUUUCUUAAUGGACUUGAAUCCAUGGCUUGAUCGCACUGAUACUCUGCUAUGGACGGGCGAUGAGCUAGAACAUGUAGCACCAUCCGUUGGCGAUCAUGGUAGUGCAAGCGGACGGCUUGUCCCGCUACGGGUGCUCGCAUCGCAGGCUGAGGCAUCGCAGGCGCUGCCCACGUAUUCGGCACAUAUGGUACCGGCCGAUGUUGUUGAGUUAAGUCAUGGGCAAAAUGUGGCCGAAUUUGCACAGCAAUGGACCUCUCAUGUGCAAAAUGCGAUGCAACCAUCAUCCGAGGAUGAGUGCGAGUAA